AUGGACAACCCAAGCGAUCCACCGCUCGACGAGAUACAAUGGCACUCGCCACAGCUCAUUCACGAGAUGGGCGGCCUGCACUCCAACACGAUUCUCUUUUACUUUGCCGAGUCGCCGUUUUUCGAGCGCACCUCCAACAACGCCGUCAUCAUGAGCCAGGCCAUGAACAACAUGUCCAUGUACCAUUUUAUCCAGACCCGCGAGGCCUUUGAGGGUCGCCUCAAGACCAUGUCCGGGCUCGAGUUUAUCGUCGGCGAGGAGCCCGCCGAGUCGGGUCCGGGCAUGGGCACAGGCGUUUGGGUCAUUCGCAAGCAGACGAGGCGAAAGCGCUACCAGGAAGCGGAUGAGAUUACGGUGCAUGCGUCGUAUUUCGUGGUCAAUGAAAACAUCUACAUGGCGCCCACGCUCGCAGAUAUCCUUGCGGCGCGAAUCAUGUCGAUAUCCUCCGCCAUCGCGAAAGCUCUCCCCGCUGCUGAAGCCGCACGACGAUGGCGCCCUUCCGGCGGCCACAGCUACAAACCGCCCGUCGUGGCAGCGACUGGCCCAGCCGGCGCGCUCCAGGCCGCGCGCGCGCGCAUGCAGGACUCAAAAGAGGGCACGCCCGCUUCGGGCGCCACCAGCAAGAGCGCGACGGCCCCUGCGCCGCGUAAUAUCGAGGAGCUGUCGCUGGAACGAUCGGCUGAGGAGGCAUUUUGGGUACACAUGCGGCACGGCGGCGAGUACCUCGACGAGAAUCCCAUCACGGGCCGACCGGGUGAGUUCCACCUGUCGUCGACGGGCCGCAAGCCCGCCGUGGCGCCGCAGGCCAACAAGGCGCCCACGGGUAUCAGCGCCAUGACGGGGCCGCCGCGGCUCAACACAAAGGUCGACGACAAGAAGGACGGCAAGGCGGAGAAGGCGCCGCGGUCGGCGAUGCCGAAACCGAAGCGCAAGAAGAGCAAGCUAGGUGGCACGGCGACACGUACACCUACAGCAGCUUGA